CAGGAAAACACUAACAGGAAGCAGCGGUAAACGGUCUCGCUGGUUUUCAACUCAAAAGGCACUCCUGGGGGUUCGGUGAGUGGGGUCUCUGGACCGCAGAGGGCAACUGUAUUCUUUCCGUAAGUUGAGACACGUCCAGUGCAAGCCCAGGCUACCGGAGUGGGAGUGGGCAGGGAAGCGCUACGCCCUAUAAUCGCCUGCACCACGUCGCUUCCAGGCUUCCCGUUUCUCGGCCUCCAUGCUGCCUGUGCUUUCCGGUGUCUGGGGGAGUGAAGGCCCGGGGAUCGGAGCGGAGGAGAGCCCGGGUGGGAGCAGGACGGCUGGAGGCGCCUUGGUCUACGGGAACUCUGGGCUCUGUCCUUCAACCCCUGCAGAAAAGGAUUGAGUCUCCCGCCUUCUGUUCUUGGUCCCCUCCCUUAGACUUUUUGGGGACUCACCUACAUACAGCACUGACUAGUGUAGCCCUUUUAAAUCCCAGGAAUGGGCUCUGUUUGAGGAUGGGUGCUUCUUUGUAGAGCCCCCAAAGUUAAUUAAACUCGUGUUUAUGGACUCAAAUGCCUCCUUGCCUUUAAUUCAUAUCAUCCUAACCAACAUGUAUUGAGCUCCUCUAGGCCAGGCAGAAUUCUAGAUACUCUUUCAAUUUGGUUCUUGUCCCCAUAACCGCACCAGGUGGUUGGGGAGACCAAGUAAAGUUACCUACGUAGACAAUUUGGACAAGGUCCACUGCCAGCCAACCAACACAGGAGGAAACCCAUGGGACCCGUGUGGGUAGGUGACCAGACACUGAAGGCAAAUGUGCUCAGAACUCCUGCACUGGAAAGAACUCUGAAAGAAAUGAAGAGAACCUUCAGAAAUGAAGUUGACGACCUCCCGGCUCUCUGUUGAACUCUAUACUGCAGUUCCUUAGGAUGGCGUUGUGCCAGACGUCGGCCGAGGUCAUCCUUCAGGUGGAAGAGGCACUUGAUGAAGAUGAAAAGGAGACGCUGUUCUUUUUGUGUCUGGAUAUUACUGCCGACGUAGUUCCACCCACUGUCAGGGACCUUCUGGAUAUAUUAUGUGAAAGAGGGAAGCUGUCUGUGGUGGAGUUGGCCGAGCUGCUGUACAGAGUGAGGCGGUUUGACCUGCUCAAGCGGAUUUUGAAGAUGGACAGAACCACAGUGGAGGCCCACCUGCGCCAACAUCCUCACCUUGUUUCAGACUAUAGGGUGCUGAUGGUGGAGAUUGGUGAGAAUUUGGAUAAAAAAGAUGUAUCAUCACUGAUUUUCCUCAUGAGGGAUUACACAGGCCGAGGCAAAGUCUCCAAAGACAAGAGUUUCUUGGAUCUGGUGAUUGAUUUGGAGAAACUGAAUUUGGUUGCUCCAGAUCAGUUGGAUUUAUUAGAAGAAUGCCUAAAAAACAUCCACAGAAUAGACCUGAAGACAAAAAUUCAGAAGUACAAGCAGUCUGCUCAAAGAGUUAUGCAAGAAGCAGGAACAAGUUAUGUGACUUCUCUCCACACCUCUCCCCCAAACUUGUGUCUCAAAGAUCCUUCAUAUGGCAUAAGGCUCCAGAAUGGGAGAAGUAAAGGACAAAAACUUGGGGCAUACCUUCAAAGAGAACCAGUGAAGACAUCCAUUCAGGAAUCAGGAGCUUUUUCGCUUCAGUACAUACCUGAACAGAAAUACAAGAUGCAGAGCAAGCCCCUCGGAAUCUGCUUGAUAAUUGAUUGCAUUGGCAAUGAUACAGAAGUUCUUCGACACACCUUCACUUCCCUAGGCUAUGAAGUCAAAAAUUUUUUGCAUCUUCCUGUGAAAGAUAUAAAAGAUAUACUUCACCAAGUUGCCAAUCUGCCCCAACACCAAGACCAUGACAGCUUUGUGUGUGUCCUGGUGAGCCGAGGAGGCUCCCAAAGUGUGUUUGGCGUGGAUGAGACUCGCUCAGGGUUAUCCUUGCAUCAUAUCAGAAGGUUAUUCAUGGGGGACAAAUGUCCUUCCCUCAUAGGGAAACCAAAGCUCUUUUUUAUUCAGAACUAUGUGGUGUCAGAGGGCCAACCGGAAGACAGCAGCCUGGUGGAGGUCGAUGGUCCUGCAGUGACCAAUGUGGAUUCCAAGGAGCCAAAGCCUGGGCCAAGCACAGUUCACCGAGAAGCUGACUUCUUCUGGAGCCUGUGCACUGCAAACGUGUCCCUGCUGGAGCAGUCCUCUAGCUCACCCUCCUUUUACCUGCAGACCCUCUCCCAGAAACUGGAGCAAGAAAGAAAACGCCCACUUCUGGAUCUUCACCUUGACCUCAACCACAGAGUGUAUGAUUGGAACAGCAGAGUUUCUGCCAAGGAAAAGUACUGCCUCUUUUUGCAACACACCCUGAGAAAGAAACUCAUCCUGUCUCCCACGUGAAAACCCAAACCUUUCUUCGCCUGGAGGUCUCCAUUCCUAGAGAGAGAGAGAGAAAGAGAGAGAGAGUGGUUUUCAAGCUUGCAUGCAUGUGAGUGGUAUGUGGAAUAAGAUCCUGUUCAGUGUGAAAUGACUCUCUAUGAGGAGUGCUUGACUAUAAGUGGGGUUUGAACUGUCUGAGAAGAACAGAUCAACUUUGGAAGGGAAAUCCUCAAAACUUUAAAAACUGAGCACUAUUGAAUUGGUCGAGUAACAAUCAAGUGAAUUAGAGAUACAGAAAUAAGCUUUUAGAGUGUGUCCAAUUAGCCUGUAGGUAUCCAUACUCCAUCUCAAAAAGUUAAAUGUAAAUAUAGAUUGCGGAAGUCAGAAUAACAAAUACAAUCUUACCUCUUAGAAACAACCACAGUUAACCAAAACUUUGUACAUCACCUUGCAAACUUUUUUUUUGUACCCAAGAUUUGAGUGUGAAAGAGGGGCUAUCUUAGUCUAUUCGGGCAGCUACACAAAAUGACUUUGGACUGGGUAACUUAAAUAGCAUGCAAUUAUUUGUCACAGUUCUGGAAGCUAGCAAGUCCAAGAUCAAGGUGCUGGCAGAUCCUGUGCCUGGUAAGGGUCCUCUUCUUGGUUUUCAGAGGGCUGUCUUCAGUUCUCACAUGGCAGAGAGAGAAACGGGGGGAGAGGGGGGAAGGAGGAAAAUAAGAGAGGGAGCAGGAGGGGAGAGGGAGAGAGAGAAACUCAGUAUAUAACAGUGGCCUUAUCAUUUAGAGGUCACUUCUCCAUUUAUGUAGGCACUUCUGUAAAUUUGACAGUUAAUCAAGUCACCCUCCUAAUUGGGGCAUGGCCUAAAAGGAGACUACUGUUAAAGAGACAUUUAAAGUUGUUUGUUAUUAUUAUUUAUUCAUUUAUACAUUUUUUAAAGUUAAUUGUAACUGGUCUGUGUCUAUAUGUGUGUAUUUUUAUACAUUUUGCCAUGAAGUAAGUACUAAGGAUCGAACCC